GAACUAAUUGAAAAUGAAAGUAGGAAUAAACUUUCAGUUAACCCUUCAAUGACUAGGUGAAGAGGUCAAUGGUUUGUUUACUUCAGUUACCAACCCGAUUAAAUGAUCUGUAGAUGACUUAUUACAGCAUUGUUUACGUGUUUACUUCAUCUACAGUUGAAAAAUAAAAACUUCAUAAUGAAUGGUUCAGUAUUAGAAAAGGGAUAGAACAAUUCUAUCAGAAUGUAUGGUUUUGUGAAUCGUGAUAUUAAAAGCAGUGUCUACAAAGCUGUCUCUAAGUUUCUGGUUGAGAAUUGUGAUGAGGAUUGGAGGAAAAUGCCAGCUAAUUCAGCAUCAUUUAAUCUGAUGUUUGGGGAAAGAAAUAAAUUGCCAUUUGGUAGAUUAGGUCAUGAACCUGGACUUUUUCAGUUGGUGAAUUAUUACAGAGGAUCAGAUAUGAUAUGUAGAAAAACUGCAAUGAUCAGGGUUUUUAAAGAAGAACUGAAAAGAAGACCAGGUAUGUUUCCAAAAUGGCUACCAAUGUCAUUUAUCAUAUGUCCAAAGAAAAUAUCUGAGAAUGCUAAACAGAUGGGCGAGGCUUCUGUAGCAGCUAUGAGAAAGGUAGCCAGACCUGAUGAUAGACAGGAACUAGUAGAGACUGAUGCAGCAUUGGUACAACAAGAAAAGAAAAGAAUAGUUUGGAUAGCUAAAUCAGCUGCAGGAGCAAAAGGUGAAGGUAUCAAAAUCUCACAAGAUGUUGAUGAACUGAUUGCAUUUAUAGAUACUCAGGCACAAGGCUUUAUAGUCCAGAAAUACAUACUAAAUCCAUUUCUGCUGGAUGGAGACAGGAAGUUUGAUAUUAGAUGUUGGGUAUUGCUGGAUAGCAAUUACAAUGUGUAUUUCUUCAAAGAAGGAGUACUUCGUACAGCAUCAGAGAGUUAUAAACCAGAGAAUUAUAAUGAUGUCACUAGCCAUCUAACAAAUCACUGCCUACAAAAAGAAUUGUCGGCAAAAUUUGGUGAAUAUGAAACUGGAAAUGAACUAUUUUUCGAUGAAUUCAACAGUUACCUAAAGAAAAAGACACGUAUGACAAUGGACAACACUAUUAUUCCACAAAUUAAGGAAAUAAUAAAGAAGGUGCUACUGAUGAUAAAAGAUAGAAUAAGUACAAACAUGUUGGGUUAUGGCAGUUUCCAGUUGUUUGGCUUUGACUUUUUAUUGGAUAGUCAGCUUCAGGUUCAUUUGAUUGAAAUAAAUGGAGCACCAGCUUGUGCACAAAAAUUACUACCAGAUUUGGCCAGAUGUAUAGUACAAACAGCCAUAGACCCAGUCUUUAAACCAAAGUCACCAAAGGGAAGGGGAGAUAACUGGUUUUCUAAAAUAUGAUAUAUUAUAUUUAUGUUGACCUAUUGAAAAUAAAUUUUCUGGGUCUCAGAUAACGCUAUCUCUGAAAAAUACACUGCUGACUCGUAUUGACAACGAUCAAUGAACAGAAAUAAAUAGAGUGAGUCUUGUUUAAUUUUACCACCUUUGAAUUGAUCAAAGAGUAAUAACUCAAACUGAGUUAUAGCUCUUUGGUGUUUUGCUCCAAAUGAUUAUGUCGAUCAUUUUGAUGAAAGGUCUUUCUUGUCACAUGCAUAUGUACCUCAUUGUUGGUCUUUUACAUGGAUGUCUAAAGACCUGGUCGUACACAAACUGCCAUUGUUCAGAUCAAAAAACAUAUUCAUCAGAUUAUUUAUCUUUUAUAAAAAAGCAAUUUUCAUCCACAGUUUAUUGUAGAUUUAUCAAGGGCUGUUUAACACCAUUAUGUAAUAGAAAAAAAUGGAUAUGACAUAUCCAUCCUUGACAACUUAUUUACUAGGUUAUUUGGGCAAUUGCUUGCCUUUUUAUCUUUUUCCAUUUGACCAUGGUGUUCGAUGACCUUCAAAAUGUUUUAUAUUGACCCUUGAUAUCUAUUUUUUUAACAGCAGUGUAUACAGUGUGUCAAUAUACUGCUUGAUGUCAACAAUAUAAAUCCAAAAUUAAAUACCCUCCUGCCUUAAUAAUUUAGACAUUAGGGUCUGAGAACCAGAAAAUUUAUUUUACAUGGCUGUGUUUGUCAUUUUUUUGGUCAUGAAGAACAUUUGCUGUUUUCUCUGUUUAUCAAUAUUCCAUUAAAGACCAAAAACUAAACUAGCAUUAACAAUAUAAACAGUUGUGGCACACUUAUUGUAUAUGUUUAUAUUUGUGUUCAAAUUUUUAAUUGAAGAGUUAAGAUAUGUAAACACUUCAUUGGUAAUGUGAAACCUGAAAAAGCAUACUGACGAAUUACUGCGUACUUUAUUGGUACAUAAAGCUUCAAAAUUUAAAAUUUGAAACAUAUCAUUACUGCCUGUGAAUUUUAUUUUUACCUAAUAUCUCAUUGUGAACAAUUUACUUCAGGGAUUUUUGUUUUUUGUUGUGUUUUUGUUGUUAUGUCAUUCAGUUUUACUUAGGAGAACUUAUAUGGAUUAAAGACCAUACAUUUUCCUGGAGUUAAUGUUCAUUACGAAUUGUCUUUUUGCACUUAAGUCUAAUACUGUUUGUAUAAGUUUAUGUUUUGAUAUGACAAAUUUUUGCCAUGUAAAAUUAAAAACGAGAAAUUGUAUGAAAUAUAGUAACAUUUUCAAAAUGAUAAAAAAUAACAUGUCACUACAAUAUGAGUUAAUAAUUAAACUAUUGAAGUGGUAGAAUUAUAAUGAAAUAGUUAUUACUCAAGAACUUCCAUUUAAAGAGUAUAUGUUUGUUGAUAAAAAGAUAAUGUUAUAAAGUCAAUAUUAAUUUAAGUCAAAACAUUUUGCCAAAAUGCUUUUAAACAUUUGUAGAUUAUUGUGAUAUUAUUGACACAUUCCGUCCCUGUUUUUUUAUCAUUAUAUUGUAACAUUUUAAAAGUUUUAUAUAUAUUUAUGCUUUAUUUUAGAUUUAUUUACUUUGUUUUUAUGUAAACUUAAAAACCUUUUGAAAGAAUGUAAUGUGAUGAUGUUUAUACAAGAAAUCUCAUUAUUAGGUGUAAUAUAGGCAUGAUUUUUUCUUGUUUUCCAAUGAAACCAAAGUAUUUUUAGUCUGGAAUUAUUAAUUAUCAAACUGUAGAUUUUUUUAAUGAGGAACUAAUGUAGUUCAGAACUUAAAGCAGACAUGGUAUGUAUAAUUAUUUAAAGUUUACCAACUUAAUUUCGCAGACACUUUUUCGAUAUUAGCCAUAAUAAGAAACCAUUUUUUCACAGUAAAAAAAAAAGUCAGAAAUAUAUUCCUUAUAUACACUAAUUUUAAAAAAUAUAUUUGAAAGGAACAGAAUGGACAUAUUUCUGUGUUGAUAUUUUAUUUCUAAAGUUUGUACACCCAUUGUAGGUGUGUUCAUGUCAAUAUGGAGUUGUUGAAAUACUUUUUCCCAUUUUUUUUCUAUUUUCAUUGAUUUAAAUGGUAAUUAUAGACCAUUCUUUUUUGUUAAAGAAACAUUCUGUGCAACAUGACUUUUUGAGUCUUUAAUGCAUUUUCUUGAUAUACUGUGAUAUAAUCAUUUCUUAAGACAUUAUUUGUUAUUUAGUAUUGUCUUCCAUUGCCAAAAUUACAAAGAUGUCCUUUAUUAUAAACAAUGUUUGUUGUGUUUGAGUAGAAGAGAAUGUAGAAAACAUAUCAGUUAUUGUGACUUAGUUUAUAAACAUUGUGUUUUGUAUACGCUCAAUGCUCAAAAAAUAUUGAACAAUUUUUAUUUUUUUUUAAUGACUACUAUACUAGUCUACUAGUCUGAUGACUAACUUAGAACCUUUGUAGUGAAAAUUUGAAUUGAA